UUCUUAUGCCUACACACCUAAUUAUGUUUUACUUCUUUCUCUCUUCUCUACAGGUCUUGGCAGAAAAUUUUACCAUGGUCACUGAGUUCCUGUUGCUGGGUUUUUCAAGCCUUGGUAAAAUUCAGCUUACCCUCUUUGUGGUUUUUCUCUUUCUGUAUCUAGUCAUUCUUAGUGGCAAUGUCACUAUUAUCAGUGUCAUCCACCUGGAUCAAAGCCUCCACACACCCAUGUACUUCUUCCUUGGCAUUCUUUCAACAUCUGAGACCUUCUACACCUUUGUUAUCCUGCCCAAGAUGCUCAUCAAUCUACUUUCUGUGGCCAGGACCAUCUCCUUCGUCUGUUGCGCCAUUCAAAUGUUCUUCUUCCUUGCUUUUGCUAUCACCAACUGCCUGCUCUUCGGUGUGAUGGGUUAUGAUCGCUACGCCGCCAUUUGUCAUCCCCUGCAUUACCCCAUUCUUAUGAACUGGCAGGUGUGUGGGAAACUGGCAGCUGCUUGUGGGAUUGGAGGCUUCCUGGGCUCCCUUACGGUAGUAAAUUUAGUUUUCAGCCUCCCUUUCUGUAGUGCCAACAAGGUCAACCAUUACUUCUGUGAUAUCUCACCAGUCAUACGCCUGGCUUGUACCAAUACAGAUGUUAAUGAAUUUGUCAUAUUUAUCUGUGGGGUUCUUGUACUUGUGGUUCCCUUUUUCUUUAUCUGUGUUUCUUAUCUCUGCAUCCUGAGGACUAUCCUAAAGAUCCCCUCGGCGGAGGGCAGAAGGAAAGCCUUUUCCACCUGUGCCUCUCACCUCACUGUUGUUAUUGUUCACUACGGCUGUGCUUCCUUCAUCUACCUGAGGCCAUCGGCGAACUAUGUAUCCAACAAGGACCGGCUGGUAGCGGUGACGUACACCAUUGUCACUCCAUUACUAAAUCCCAUGGUAUACAGCCUCAGAAACAAAGAUGUCCAACUUGCUAUCAGAAGAGUGUUGGGCAAGAAAGGAUCUUUACUACAUGAUUGA